AAGACGCCAGUCGGUUCAUUAUUCUACGGCGGUCAUAAGUUCAGAGGUGUCCUCUCUCGGUGCUCACGCGCUAAGCAGCUAUUAAAACCCCCCGAACGAAACCGUCGCCGUCGUCUUCCCAAAGUGAAGUAGCAUUUAGUUAGUUAAAGUUUGUGCGCGCCAAAGUUAAUCGCGAUCGUUUACGGAUUGUUCACAGAGCGCGAAUUUUCCUCAACCUAGGUGCUGUACCAUUCUGCGACGAUUAGGAUAGCCGGCUGUUUACAAAGAUGAAGCUAUUGGCUGUGUUCGCUUUCGUUCUUCUCUCCUGCCACCUAACAGCCGCCCAGGAUGAGGUUCAGAUUGUGCAAUUUACUAACGAAAAUAAUGUCGAUGGUAGCUACAACUUUGCCUACGAGCAAUCCGAUGGUCAGAAGCGCGAGGAGAGUGGAGUCCUGAAGCCCGUUGAGGGUGCCGAGGUGCCUGCGAUCGCUGUGAGUGGAUCGUACGAAUUUACCGAUCCCAAUGGACAGCGUUACCGUGUCGAUUAUACCGCUGAUGAGCGCGGAUAUCGACCGACUGUGACUAAGCUGUAAAAUGGGGUUAUGUGUGAACUGUGCAAUUAAGAUAAAACUUCUCUGCUGAGCUAGAAUAUUAUAAGACGAAUAAAAAUCGGCUCACA